CGAUCGCUCCUUCCAUCUCGCGCAUCAAUCCAAGCAAUCGCGACCGGGCCACGCCAUUGCCAGCCAGCCAUCCACCGCUCCCACCCACGAGCGAGUUCCACCACGCGACGACCCAAGGAGCCCUCUGAUCCGACCCAAGCCUAUCACUACACGUCAAACUCACCUGCGCGUUGUGCGUCUGACUUACUCGACGCGCAGCCAUGAGCACCGAGCCGACGCAGCUCUCUGCUGACGCAACCCGCCCGUCUACCGACAGGGCAGUAGGGUCGUCGGAGCAGGCCAACGGCACCGCUGCCAUGCAAAACGCCAUUGCCACCAACUCCUUCGCUCCAGGUCAAUCCUCGUCACAAGGCCCGUCGUCUGCCCCUGCUGAAGGCGAUUCGAACCAAAAGCGCACCCUCUUGAACGUCCCCCAGUCCGCGUCGCAAUCCAACGAGACCCCCAACACCGGCCUUAGCGGCGCAACUGCAGCAGACGCCGAAAGUAUUGGGCGAGGCUCCAAGCACUCGAAGCGCAGCUUCAUGGGCAAGCGACGAGCUGGCAGCACGGCGAGCAGCAAACGCUCUCACCCGCGUGCUGCACCCUCGGAAAAGAACGAACAACCGCCUCCGAUGCCUGCCACAGCGAACCGUCCAGCAUCGACACGGAGUAAGACGAAGAAGUCUGGGGGUCUGUUGUCCUGCCUGCCGUGCUUUGCACCAAAGGAAUCGCGAGACGACUCUACGCCUUUGGAAAAUGUCAAGCAAGCUCAGAAGGUGCCCGCCGGCCGCACGUCUCAGUCAACUCCUAUUAAGAAGCAGGAGCCUACUGUUGCUGAGUCCAGCAACACGGACUCAAAAGACCCGCUUGAUGAGAAGACUGGAACCGAGACAUCAGGAGCAGGUCUUGCUGAGAAACCCAUCCACAACGAUGGCACAACCGAACAGCCAGCAGUGGAAACGCCGCCCCCGGUCAUCACAAGAAGCCCAUCCCAGAAGCAGCAAACAGAAGCAGUGUCCCCACCCCAGCCCGGUACUCUACAGACUGGCCAUCCCCAGAUAAGCAUCACAAACCCUACGCCCACCGCUACUCCGGUACUUCCUCGGCCAUCAGCAGAGCAGGAGCGCAUAAUACAGGACCAGACCGAGGAGCAGAAGCAGAUCGACAACGACAUUGAGAUGAAGGAUGUGCCGCUAUCGACCAAUGAUGUUCAUCAAGAGGGAGAGGAGAAGGAUGCAGAGGCUGAGGCUGAGCACCCCAAGGUUGAUCUACCUCCACCCCCGCCGCUCGUCGAGAGGCAGGUUGCAGUGCAACACCAGACUGCGGAUGUAGCUGAGGCGGCCGAGCCACAAAAGUAUCUUUUGGGACCCAUUGCACCUAGGUUCCAAGGGAAGAAGUGCUUGGUUCUCGACCUGGACGAGACUUUGGUCCACAGCAGCUUUAAGAUUCUGCAUCAAGCCGACUUCACCAUCCCUGUUGAGAUCGAAGGACAAUACCACAAUGUCUAUGUCAUCAAGCGACCUGGCGUCGAUCAGUUCAUGAAGAGAGUGGGCGAGCUCUACGAGGUCGUUGUGUUCACUGCGUCCGUAUCAAAGUACGGUGACCCACUUCUCGACCAGCUUGACAUCCACGGUGUUGUCCAUCACCGACUGUUCCGCGAAAGUUGCUACAACCAUCAGGGCAACUAUGUCAAAGACCUUUCACAGAUCGGUCGCGAUCUCAAGGACACCAUCAUCAUCGACAACUCGCCCACGUCGUACAUCUUCCACCCGCAACAUGCCGUUCCCAUCAGCAGCUGGUUCUCUGACGCACACGACAACGAGCUUCUCGACCUGAUACCCGUGCUUGAGGAUCUGGCUGGCCAGCAGGUCAGCGAUGUCAGUCUGGUGCUUGAUGUUGCUUUGUAAGCAUGAAUUGAGACGACAGUGAUGAGAGAACACCCUUGCGCAUGCCCUUUCACCGCGCCGACAUAAUCACUUUUCUUCAAGUCGAAGCCGUAGGAGCGCUGCUCUUGCAGCUUCG